AGUAAGAGAAUCGGAGAGGCAAAAAGCAUGUCGCAGUUCACAACAGGUUAUCGGACUAUGGAGCGGCGACAUAAGGAGGCCGAAACCGAAGGACCGUUCUGUGAUUCAGAGACCUUGUUGCUUAGUGCGCCCAGCAGCCCUGACAUUUGGAACCUCUCCACACGCACCCCGUCUAACGGUACCCACAGCGCCUCCAGACAGAGCAGUACGCGAUCCCCAGAUCACCUCAGUAAUACUGGCGUACAUUUUGCACCAAUACUCGCCGAUAUGAAGAGUGGCCCACCCGAUCCCGAAGAUGUGGAACAGGGCGUGGCGCUUAAGGAAGAAAUCUCUGACUGGAGGAGAUCCGCUGUUCUUACCGUCUUCAUCUUCCCGCCUACCGGACUCGUGGCCAUGAUACUAGCCUGUCUGUCCUACCGGUCGGCAAAGAACGGGGACUUAGACCGUGCGCGACGUCUGAACUGCUGCAGCUGUUGGCUCGUCUUCAUCAGUCUACUCUCCUCCCUUCUCAUCAUCAUGUUCGUUAUCUUACUGCGCCUUUACGGCUAUAUUAAAGACCCGUUUGGAUGAUGCGCCUAUUAAACGCAUUAGUCUGUAUUCCGGCUGCGUUCCGGAUGGAAAAUUCAUGAGAGCUGAAUGUCUUGUGAAGAUGGCCUUUGGCGAAAGUUGGCGUGAGUGUUGACUGUGAAGUGAUGUGUGAGUUGGAGUUGGAGGAGGUGUACAGCAUUUUGAGCUUAUCUUGGCCAGCCCGAGGUCUGAUACAGUCUGCUGGUUAUAGUGACAAAUGAAGUGUGCCAUAUUUAUACCUGAUGAGGCAGAAAAACCACUGGCUCACGCAUGUUUCACCAUGCUCCGAUGUGAUCGGCCGCCAGAGAAUAGCCAAACUGCUGUCUUCCAACCGCCAAACGAAUUAUAGGCCUGUAGUUGUGAUGUACUACAUUGGAUCUAUAUAUACCCAUUAUGUCAUCGUCACUUGCUGGAGCUCCCGCGACCAUAAACAUAUGUGCUAUGAAGCUGCAAUCCGAACUGCUGGCGUCAGCUGUCAACGUCAUGACUGAAGCGUUUCGUAUUAUAUACUAUGUAAUAUACAGCUGAACUAUUGCUUAAAUUGAAGAACAAAUUAAACAAAAAUUCCAAAAAGGAAGGGUACUUUGUAUACAGGAAAACCCAUCUUAUCAAGCCAUGAGCUUAUUCCGAUAUCUACACAAAUAAACUGAUGGGCUUCCAAAGAUGGACAAAAAUGGGUUACUUGUUAAAACUGUGUAUAGAUAUAUAUAUUUAUUUAUAUACUGUCUGUGAUUAGUUCCGUCAUUUAAGGAGAAAAAGGUACAAGUUUUGUGAAUGUGGCUCAUGUUGAGCUGACAGACCCAGUCAUUUUUCUAUUGGCAGUACACAGUAUAAUGCAUAUAUUUUACGCGGUUACUUUGGCUAAAAAUGUUGAAAUUUAUAAAUGAUGUGAAAU